AUGGAGGUUUGUGACUAUAUCGAGUUCGGUCUCCCCGGAUCCGUGCUGUACCGGGGAUUUCUCCUAUCCGACCCUCCCGCUUCCGCCACCACCACUGCACCCGACGUCCCUUUAUCGCACAGCGGCGGAGGCGGCUUUGCCGGUCCCGAACCGGCGGGUCUGGAUGGGCUGAUGGCGGGCGACAGCAUUGCUAUGACGUGCUGCUGCCGCCAAGGCGACAACGUCGGAGCGACUCUUCAGGCUGGAUCUGGCGAUGCUUGUACGUCGUGCGAUAAGGCAUGCGACAAGUCAGCCUGUGACACGGCGACAACCGCGACCAUGUGCGACGGUGCGUGCGACCAGCACGCACCGUUGGAGGUGAUCGAAAUCGGCCACGGGGAGGCUCGAGUGGGGCAGGUGUAUCCGGUGAAGCCGCUGCUCGCGUUCCUCGUCGUCAGCCCUGAUCUCAAAUCCUCCUGGAAGAUCGUGGCCGUCGAUUCGUCGGAUCCGUUGGCUGCGGCGCUGCUGGACUCGCGAAUUGGUUACCCGGUUUGGUUGGAGGCGAAGCUGCGCGAAAUCGUGGAGUGGCUCAAAUAUUUCAAAUGCAAUACCGUGUUUGAUCCGCCCAGCACCAUCGCGGGUCAGCAAACGGCCUCCGCUGCUCUCACCAACGCCAUUUGCGAAUUCGCCCGCGUGCCCUUCGCCCAACCUGCCUCCGUGCCUGCCGCCGUAGCUGAUGGUGCUGCUGUUGCCGAGCCUGUGGCCCAGCAGGCUCGGAAGCAGCGCCGGUUCGGAAGGUCAGGCUCGGAGCCGGGCCGGUGUGGCAUGCGAAAGAAGAAGAUUUCAAUUGUGAUUGAGGAGCAAGCGGAUGAUGCAAACUCUCCCUCCCCCAUGCAUCGCUCCUCCUCUUCCCAGUUGCGUCAGCCCCUCACCCCCUCCGCUUUGACUCGCUCCGCCUCUGCUUUCCUGCUCCAACCCCUCACGCCCUCCCGUUUGCCGCCUCUCACCCCUCGCCGCCAACCACGCAGUUUCGGCCGAUCACACAGCAGCAUCAACCUCACUGUUGCAGCAGCAGCAGCAGCAGCAGCAGCAGCAGCAGCAGCAGCAGCAGCAGCAGCAGCAGCAGCAGCAGCAGCAGCAGCAGCAGCAGCAGCAGCAGCAGCAGCAGCAGCAGCAGCAGCAGCAGCAGCAGCAGCAGCAGCAGCAGCAGCAGCAGCAGCAGCAGCAGCAGCAGCAGCAGCGGCUGCAGCAGCAGCGUCAGCAUUAGCAGCAGCAACAGCAGCAGCAUCGGCAUCAGCAGCAGCAACAGCAUCAGCAGCGUCAGCAGCAGCCGGCGUAUGA